AUGCCGCAAACACAAGACGAGAGCACCCAUCAGCAGAGGCACAGCAGCAAUGGCACUCCUACCAGCCCGCAGCAAAAGCAAGAGAUCAUGUUGGAGCUCCGCAAGUACAUCCUGCUGCUGGCGUCGCUGGUGGCCACGCGGCACGUGGCCUUCUUCUACUGCAACGCCACCGCGUUCGCCGCGUCGCUCGUGGUCAUCGUCCUCGUCCUCAUCCUCGCCUCCCUGGACGACAAGGAGAGCUCCACCAACUCCUGGAUCGUCAGCCAGUACAGAAACCACCCCAGGCUCGCCGUUCGGCCGCUGCAGCUGGUCAUGGUGGUGGACCUGCUCAGCCUCAUGGGAGCCUACGCCGCCGGCACCUGCCGGGACACAUUCACCACCGUCUACUCCUCGGUGCUGGUGGGCAUCGUCUUCUUCUACCUCGUUGGUCUGGUGGCGGUGGCCUCGUGCUUCACCGACACCGGCUUCGGCGGCAUGCACGAAGGCCAAGUCGAAGGAAACCCCAACUCCGGUUCCGGCGUUGGCGUGCCCGAAUCCGAAGCCAUCGAAAAAGAAGAAGAACGGCAGAAGGCGAAAGAACGGUUCCGCAAGGUCCUGAUGCUUCUCGCGACGUUCGCCGUGAGCAUCACGUACUUGGCCGGGCUGAGCACACCGGGGGGCUUCUGGGACAGCACCGGCGCCGGUCACCGCCCCGGCGACGCCAUCCUCAAGGACCGUCACAACACGCGCCUGGCAGUCUUCUUCGGCUUCAACACCACGGCAUUCGUCGCGUCACUGCUCAUCAUCGUGGUGCUUCUGGACACGAAGCUCCGCGAGAUCAAUGCCUACGGGUUCAUCGUCGUCGCGCUCGUCAGCCUCAUCGGCGCCUACAACGCCGGCAGCUGCAGGCAGACUGACACCACCGUCUACGUGUUCAGCCUGAUAGCUGCCGUUCUUCUGUGCAUUUUGUUGCUCCUAUGGGUUACAAGAGCCUUCAAGUUGUUGGAAGAGCCACCAACACCAUCAACACGGCCAGCAGUGCCGCAAGCGCAACAAGCAAUGAUGGGAGCAACUGAUGAUCGGGAGAACGCGAAUGGCAGGGAGAGUAAAACAGAGAAGGGGAAAGCAGCAGACAAGUCUCGCUCUCUUGUCCUGCUGCUCGCCACUCUGGCGGCGACAAUCACCUACCAAGCGGGGCUAGACCCGCCGGGCGGCGUCUGGCAGGACAACAGCGGUGGCCACACGGCCGGCGACCCGAUCCUCCUGACGACGAAUCACCGGCGGUACAAGGCUUUCUUCUACUGCAACUCGGUGUCCCUGGUGGCGUCCCUGGUCGCCAUCGUCCUGGUCCAGGAGAAGUUUCUGCUCAACCACCACGUGCUGGAGGCGGUCAUGAUACUGGACCUCUUCGGCCUGAUCGGCGCCUACGCGGCGGGGAGCUGCCGGGACGUGAACACCUCCAUCCACGCCAUGGCGUUGGCUGGCGCCGUCCUUGUAUACGUGGUCAUCCACGUCAUCUUCAUCACACUGGACGACGACACGCGCGCAAGGAGCGAGAGUGACAAGGAAAAGGACAAUGAGUUGGUGGAGAAGCCACGCAAGCGGCUGCUCCUCUUCGCCAUCUUGGCGGCGACCAUCACCUACCAAGCCGGCCUCACUCCGCCAGGGGGUUCCUGCUCCAGGACGACCAGUCUGGGCACCACGCCGGCCUUCUUCUACUGCAACUCGGUGAGCUUCAUGCUGUCCAUCGCCCUCAUCAUCCUCCUCGUCAACCCCAAGCUGUACAGGCCAGCCAUACGGACGCACGCGCUGUCCGUGUGCACGGCGGUAGGCUUGUUUGGCCUCAUGGGCGCCUACGCCGCCGGAAGCACGCAGCAUUUGAAGACAUCCAUCUACAUAUUCGCGUUGGUAGCAGUGGUCAUUUUCUUCAUAAACCUGCUGUUCCUGGUGUUUUGGUUCACGGGCUGCAGCACCAGCACAACUCCACAAGGAGCAGCAGUGGAGACCAGCAACAGCAACGCUACUACUGGUACUACUUCACAAGGAUCAGGAAUAGAGACCGACAGAACACAAAAGAAAAAGAAGAGAGUACAUGCCAAGCGCAAGUACCUCAUGUUGCUAGGGAUCCUUGUGGCAAGUGUCACCUACCAGGCUGGCCUACAGCCGCCAGGCGGAGCUUGGCAGAGCAGCAGUGGAGGCAACUCCACUUCGUUCAUGGCGUCCAUUGUGGUCAUCCUUCUCCUCCUGGUACCGAAGAAGCUAUUUGACGAUAAGACAUGGCACAGGAGGUGGCUUGUGGUGAUGAACACUACAAUUGUGCUGGAUCUGCUUGGCCUCCUGGGUGCCUACGCAGCCGGCUCAAGCAGGCGGUGGAAGACAUCUGUGUAUGUGUUGCUGCUGGUUGUAGGCGUGCUGGGCUACAUGGGAUUCCAUCUCCUCCUGGCUGGCAUCAUCAGAAACAGGAAUGGUCAGAGGACAAAUCCCCAAGCAAUUGAUACUCCUUCAGUCUAG